AUGCCCUCGGAAGAGCCGCCAGAAGAUGCCUCGCGAAAGAGAGUAGCACCAAAAAGAAAACGCGAGACUCCAGCUUCCCGCACUGCUCGUUCCAAGACUACGACCACACCCGCUGCGUAUGCGCGACGGAGCCCGCCUCGCGGUGCCGAAGCACGACGGGAUCCUGACAGCGACGAUGGAGACCGUUCUCCGCCUCGCAAGCUGAAGCGACCAGGAGCUGGUGCGCGCAUUGCUGCUGGCAAUAGGGAAGCCGCAGAACGUGAGCGCCGCCAGCGAGAGGAAGAAGCAAGGAGAGAAGUGCAAGGACGGGCAGUCAAUGCAGCGGAACUUGUAGCAGAGCACUACAAUGCUGUACCCGAGCGAGGUCGAGAAUGGCGUAGCACAGACAGCAAGAUCAAAGGCUUGAGGAGUUUGAACAACUGGAUCAAGUCCACCCUGAUUCAGAAGUUCUCCCGGCCCGAAAUCCCGGUGGAGGACAUGAAAGUUGUUGAUCUCGCUUGUGGAAAGGGUGGUGACCUGGGAAAAUGGGAGAAGGCUCCACAGAUUCCCGUGCUUUAUGUUGGCUGCGAUAUCGCCAAUGUGUCGAUUGAGCAAGCGAAAGCACGACACAACAACCCCCGAGGGCAGAACGGUCGACAACGACGACCGCGAAUGCAGGCCGAGUUCUUUGUUCACGACACCUUUGCACACUCGCUCAUCGAUAUCCCACUCAUUAGGACGAUUGGUUUCAAUCCCAAUAUUGGUCCAGGCGGAAUCAUACAAGGUGGGAUGGCCACUGGAGGAUUCGACGUCGUGAGCAUGAUGUUCGCACUUCACUACUCUUUUGAGACAGAAGAGCUGGCAAGGGGUAUGCUGAGAAAUGUCUCGGGGGCCCUGAAGAAAGGUGGUCGCUUCAUAGGAGUCAUGCCCAAUAGUGAUGUGAUUACUGCAAAGGUGAAGGGCUUACUCGCCUUGGAGAAGAACUCCACCAAGACCCCCAACGGCACAUCAACACCAGCUGCUGCCAAUGGAGAUGCCUCGAGCAUACAGCCUGCAGAAGUAGACGAUCGGGAUCCUGAGAAGCCGGCGGACGCCUCGGACGAUGACUGGGACCCUGAAAAGCCCAGCGAAUCUGUGCCACCUACCACAAAUGGCAACGAAGACGAUGACGAUUGGGAUCCAGAAAAGCCAUCCGACCCAACACCAGCAGCAGCGGCUACACAAGCAGUGCCUGAGCCCGCCGCUGAAACGAACGGUGCCGCGCAUAGCCCCAUCGACGAGACUGCUCCCCCUCUGACCUGGGGUAACUCCAUCUACAGCGUGAAGUUUCCACGCCAACAGAUCCUCACACAGAAGCCUCUGCCGAAAGAUGGAGUCUUUCGUCCUCCCUUUGGCUGGAAAUAUCACUACAGUCUCGAGGAAGCCGUCGAUGCAGCUGAGUAUGUCGUGCCGUGGGAGGCUUUCCGUGCAUUGGCAGAAGACUACGGCCUGGAAUUGAUGUAUCGGAAGGGCUUCCGAGAGGUAUUUGAGGACGAGAGUGAGGACCGAGAGUUGGGCCAACUAGCGGAGAGAAUGGGCGUCCUCAGCAGAGAUCGAAGUUUGCCUAAUGGAGGCUUGCUGGUCAAUCCUGAAGAAAUGGAUGCUGCCAGCUUCUAUCAUGCUUUUUGUUUCUACAAGACUUAGGAGAAUUUUCCGAGGUGACAUAGCUCCAAGUCAGGACGAUUCGAUGUGCUCCGUAGCAUCAGCCAAAAGUCGGGAGUCAUAGAUAAAGACACGGAGGAAAAGCAAAACAGUUGGCUUGCCCCUACCUGCGGUAUCUGCUUCAUGUGGAUGGCAUGCAGCUCAUGGAUAAAUAGCACGUGCUGAAAUAGA